GGAGGGUGCGGGGACCGCAGGGGACCGCCGCGGGGCGCGGAGGGCGCUUUCCGAGCUUUGCUUUCAGGUGAGGGUGCGGCCGCCCCGCAGGUGCGUUGGGUCCAAUUCCACGGAGCUUGUCCUUCGCAUCCCGGGGCCCCGCGUCCGCAGCCGCUGCGAGGGAGGCGCGGCCGAGCGUAAAGUAUCCCCGAGGGGAGACCGUUCCGAGCCGCAGGCCCUGAGCCUGGCAAGAAGACUAACUGCGGGAAGUCAGCUACUACCUAAGCACUAUGAAGAUUUUCCUUGUAGAGCCUGCCAUUUGCCUCAGUGCCUUUGCCCUGACUUUGAUCAGCCCACUGACAACACAGUACGUGUACAGGAGAAUAUGGGAAGAAACGGGCAACUACAGCAUUGCACCUGAGAGCAAUAUUUCUGAGUGUGAAAAAAACAAAAGCAGCCCCAUUUUUGCAUUCCAGGAGGAAGUUCAGAAGAAAGUGUCUCUUUUCAAUCUGCAGAUGGACAUAAGUGGGUUAAUUCCUGGUCUAGUGUCCACGUUCAUACUUCUGUCCUACAGUGAUCAUCGUGGACGGAAAUUCCCUUUGAUUUUGACUUCUGCCGGUGCUCUUGUGACCAGCGCCUGGCUCUGUCUGCUUUCCUAUUUUACCUUUCCGUUCCAGCUUUUGAUUGCAUCUACCUUCAUUGGGGCCCUUUUCGGCAAUUCUACCACAUUUUUGGGUGCCAGUUUCGCCUACAUAGUUGAUCAAUGUAAAGAAGAAAAACAAAGAACAAUUCGAAUAGCUAUCAUUGACUUCAUACUUGGACUUGUUACUGGAUUAACAGGGCUGUCUUCUGGCUAUUUUAUUAGAGAACUAGGUUUUGUGUGGUCCUUUUUCAUUAUUACGAUGGCUCUUGCUGUUAACUUGAUUUAUAUUUUAUUUUUUCUUGGUGAUUCAAUGGCAGAGUCUUUAUCUCAGAAUGUUUCCAUAUCAUGUAGUGAAGGCCUUAAAAACCUAUUUUACCGAACUUACAUGCUUUUUAAAAAUGCUUCCAGUGGGCGGCGAUCUUUACUCUGUUUGUUACUUUUCACAAUGAUUACUUAUUUUUUUGUGAUAAUUGGCACUUCCCCCAUUUUUAUCCUCUAUGAAUUGGACUCACCACUCUGCUGGAAUGAAGUUCUUAUAGGUUAUGGGUCAGCUUUGGGUAGUGUCUCUUUUUUUAGUAGUUUCCUAGGAAUAUGGUUUUUUUCUUACUGCAUGGAAGAUAUCUACAUGGCUUUCAUUGGAAUUUUUACCACCAUGGUGGGAAUGGCUAUGACUGCUUUUGCCAGAACAACAUUGAUGAUGCUUUUAGUCAGACUGCUCUUCCUCUUCACUAUUGUGCCACUUUCUGUUUUACGGUCCAUGAUGUCAAAAGUGGUUCCUUCUACUGAACAAGGGACUCUGUUUGCUUGUAUUGCUUUCUUUGAAACACUUGGUGGAGUCAUUGCAGUUUCUACUUUUAAUGGAAUUUAUUCAGCAACUGUUGCAUGGUACACAGGCUUCAUCUUUCUGCUGUCUGCUGGUCUAUUACUAAUUCCAAUGAUCAGUCUAUGUAUUGUCAAGUGUAGCAGUUGGAACAAGAGAAACAGCGCACUUCUUAUCCAGGAAGACACCAGUGAAGACACAUCAGACCCGUGAUUCAUUGUGAUUUCAGAACAGUGCACAUGCCAUGUACUCUGACUUGUGCGGCGUCCUGCCCCGCUCAGUCAGUGCUCCAGGAACAGCCGGCGGUUGUGUCCUUUCUUCUGGCCGGAGCAGGGAAAGGAGCGCGGCUCCAGCGUCUGGAGGACCGCGUGCUACAAGCACCUUAUGAACAUCGUGUGAUGUGUUUCCGGUACAGAGAA